AUGUCGUCCGUCGCGCGGAACCAGUUCCCGUGGGUGCUCGGCAUCGCGCGGCGCCUUGCCGCCACCGCCACCGGCCACGCACACGUCGCACACAUGGGCGUGCGCCGCGGGAACGCGGCGUGCUGGAGAACGUUGAUGUGUAAUGCGCGAAUGGUUCAUUCCGUGACACAGCCGACAUGGUCAACAAGCAAGGAAGAAAGCCGAGAGAUGAUGGCAAUAUGGCCGGACGUUGUUCGCGAUCUUACAGAUGUGCCGAAGAAUUUAAAUAUUCCGGACGUUACCAAAUGGAUGGCAAAAGUAUUACAGUACAACGUUCCAGGAGGAAAGAAAAUUCGCGCUUUAACGUUAGUUUAUACUUAUAAGCUAUUGGCACCAAGUGAUCAACUUACGGACGAAAACAUUCGUCUAGUACGAAUUUUAGCAUGGUGUGUGGAAUUGAUGCAAGCAUAUUUCAUCGUAGUCGACGACAUCCAAGACCGAUCAUUAUUUCGCCGAGGUCAACCAUGUUGGUACCGGUACAAUGAUAUAGGUUUAAUGGCACUCAAUGAUGGUAUAAUGUUAGAGAACGCUAUAUAUUAUCUCAUUCGAAAACACUUUAAAGGAAAAGAAUACUACGUUAAUUUGUUAGAAAUAUUCCAAGAUAUUGUAUUAAAGACAAUAAUGGGCCAAUGUUUGGAUAUGCUUUCUACUAAUUUUGGAAAGAAGCCAAAUUUGAAUCUGUUUACCAUGAAUCAGUAUAAUUCCAUUGUUAAAUGUAAAACAUCAUAUUAUAGCUUUCUGCUGCCAGUAAUUUUAGCAAUGCACCUAGCUGGAAUAAAAGACCCAGAGAUAUUUAGGCAAGCAGAAACCAUUUUAUUAGAAAUGGGACAUUUAUUUCAAGUCCAAGAUGAUUACUUAUCUUGCUUUGGGGAUUCAGAAGUCUGUGGAAAGGAUAAUACUGAUAUACAGGAAGGAAAAUGUACGUGGUUAGUUGUUGUGGCUCUUCAACGCGCCACUCCGGAACAGCGUAAAAUUUUAGAAGAAUGUUACGGAGUUUCGGAUCCAGAGAAAAUAAAACGCGUGAAACAGCUCUUCAUCGAUCUGGGUUUACCGAACACAUAUUCCAUUUAUGAAGAAGAGACAUAUAAUCUUUUAAAUGUUCAUAUACAGCAAAUAUCACGCGGACUUCCACAUAGCCUUUUUUUAAAUUUAUUAAGGAAGCUUUAUCACAGAAUAUCAUAAAAUAAUCGUGUAUA